CUAGAGAGGGCUGGGACAGCGCAAGGCGACAGCGCGCACGCACGGAUUUUGUCUCGAUCUGGAAGAUUGCUGAUCGCUGUCAGAUAUGGUUGCUGUGGCGUCGCAUCAAUUGGCGCAAUGCAUCAGCGGCCACGCCUGGAAUGUGGAUCUGACAAUGAUCGCGGUUUGCACGAAUAACGAAGUCCACAUUUACAAUGCCUCGCCAGCUCCAAGCGCCGUGUGGGAUCGACUCCACGUCCUUCAAAAGCACGAUCAGCUCGUUUCAGGAGUUGAUUGGGCACCUGUCUCGAACUACAUUGUCACUGUUUCGCACGAUAGGAAUUCCUACGUCUGGAAGCUAGAAGAGAAUGUAUGGCAGCCCACGCUGGUGAUAUUGCGGAUAAAUCGUGCUGCUAUAUCUGUGAAGUGGAGCCCCAGAGAGAACAAAUUUGCUGUUGCUAGUGGUGCGAAGAGCGUCUGCGUUUGCUACUACGAGGAAGAUAAUAAUUGGUGGGUGAGCAAGAUAAUCAGGAAAAAGCACGGCUCCACAGUGACUGGUGUUGCAUGGCAUCCGAAUAAUGUUGUUUUCUUUUGUUUUCAGCUGUAUGAACCUUAUGCCAAACGUUCGUUUAGAUUGCAGGUGCUACUAGCUACGACAUCUACUGACUGCAAGUGCAGGAUUUUUUCUGCGUACAUCAAGGGUGUUGAUUCCAGGAGCGCUGCAACUACAACGUUUGGAGAGAUUCGGUUUGGGGAGCAAUUGGUGCAGCUGGAUUUGGCAUUGGGGUGGGCUUUCGGAGUUAAAUGGUCACCCAGUGGGAGGAGUUUGGCAUAUGUUGGCCACGAUUCAACUAUUCAUUUUAUAGAUGACGUUGGUCCUUCACCAAUCGCUCAGACAUUAGCACUCAGGGACCUACCUCUACGUGAUGUUUUGUUUCUAUCAGAGAAACGUUUAGUCGCUGGUGGUUUUGAUUGCAACCCAAUGCUUUUCGCGUCUGAUGAUACAGGAACAUGGAACUUUGUUCGUUUUCUGGACGAAGGGAAGACACCUGCAUCAGACGUUAAAGCUUCGACACAAUUUUCUGAAGCAUUUGGGAAAUUCUAUGGGCAAGCUAAGCGUGGUGUUGCCACUGAAUCUCCCUCAAGUGCUCCAGGAACUUAUCAUAACAAUUGCAUUACACUUCUAAAUCCACUAGCUCCACCUGGAGAGCAGGAGAUACGAAAAUUUAGCACUUCUGGCAUGGAUGGGAAGGUCGUGAUUUGGGACAUGAGCACCAUUAGCGAUGCGCUAGCCCGGCUUGGCAUGUAACACAGGAACAGAUCAAAACUAGUAUGGCACUGGAGACUUGGGUUUCCCUGGAGGGGGUUUCCUUGGAAGAGACAGAGAGUCAUCAGCAGAUGGAUCUUCAUUGGGAGAACCAGGGAGUGGCGUAUUUGGAUCAGGAAUAUUAGGGAAUGGAGUGUCUGGAGGAGUUGGGUUCUUAUUGCCAGUGUCAUUGCCACUAUUAUCAUUGCCAUUGCUGCCACAGAUGGAAGUUCCCACA